GCCACUAUCAAUCGAUCAGCGAAUGGAAGAUGGUGGUGAAUCGAGUCUGUGUGGCUAGAUCGAUCACCGAAAAACUCGAUUGAAGGAAUUCAACGGAUUGUGGGGAAAUAGUACAAAACAACACCAUAACAAGCGUUUGGAGCGGGGAACUCAGCGAUUCUCAAGAGGUAUUUUGAAUGUACUUCUUUUGAAAGAUGGCGUAUGCUUUAAGCACACAAAGAAGCUCUAAGCACGGGCAUAAAGGAAGGCCCCUCUUUCGCCAAACGCCAUUUGUUUGUCCAAAACAUGCAUGUCUAGGCACGCUAAAUUAAUCCCGGAUAGUGAAUGUAGAAGGAUAUAGGAUUCGUAAUCAAUCCGCUGCAUCGUCACCCCAACAAAAAUGCAUUAUAUUCCUUGAAAACGUCAAACAAUUUCAUAAACAUUAUGUCUCGUCGGUGAUUAAGCUAGGACUCUGAUAUUAAUAAUCGGUAGGCCAUAUAGGUGGUAUAGGCCAACUCUUUUGAUACAUUGAAUUGAGCUAAUCUAUAAAUUGAAUAUUUAAAAAUCUUUAUCCAUAAAACAACACCACAUCUUGUGAGCUCCCGAAGAUUUAGUUGUCAGGCUAUGUAAAAUUAUGAAAUUGCAUGUGAUAAGUGGCGCAGUGGUCUAAGGCGCCGCAUCGCAGUGCUAACUGUGCCACUAGAGAUCCUGGUUCGAAUCCAGGCUCUGUCGCAGCCGGCCGCGACCGGGAGACUCAUGGGCGGCGCACAAUUGGCCCAGCGUCGUCCAGGGUAGGGGAGGGAAUGGCCGGCAGGGAUGUAGCUCAGUUGAUAGAGCAUGGCGUUUGCAACGCCAGGGUUGUGGGUUCGAUUACCCCAGUAUAUAUUAAAAAAAAUGUAUUCACUAACUGUAAGUCGCUCUGGAUAAGAGCGUCUGCUAAAUGACUAAAAUGUAAAAAAAUGUAUAAAUCAACCAGGAAUACAACUAGCCGUAGGUGAUUAUACUAUAUCAUCAUAUUAGUCACAUUUUAAGUGAGAAUCCCCUCCAGUCAUGGCUUUUUACAUUUCCAAACAUUUAGAUAAAUUUGACAGUGGUAAUGUGUUACCUCACCUGAUUGACUAAAUCCAACACAACCCAUAUUUACUCAGUGGUGUAAAGUACUUAAGUAAAAAAUACUUGAAAGUACUACUUAAGUAGUUUUCUUGGGUAUCUGUACUUUACUAUUUAUAUUUUACUUUUACUUCAAUACAUUCCUAAAGACAAUGAUGUACUUUUUACUCCAUACAUUUUCCCUGACACCCAAAAGGACAGGAAAAUUGUCUAAUUCACACACGUAUCAAGAGAACAUCCCUGGUCAUCCCUACUGCCUCUGAUCUGGCGGACUCACGAAACACAUGCUUUAUUUGUUAAUGAUGUCUGAAUGUUGGAGCAUGCCCCUGGCUAGCCGUAAAUAAAAUAAAAACAAGAAAAUGACGCCGUCAGGUUUGCUUUAUAUAAGAAAUGUGAAAUUAUUUAGACUUUUACUUUUGAUACUUAAGUAUAUUUUAGCAAUUACAUUUACUUUUGAUUCUUAAGUAUAUUUAAAACCAAAUACCUUUAGACUUUUACUGAAGUAGUAAUUUACUGGGUGACUUUUACUUGAGUCAUUUUUGAUUACGGUAUCUUUACUUUUACUCAAGUAUGACAAUUGGGUACUUUUUCCACCACUGCCCACUCUCACCAGGAUGGACUUUCCCUGGCACAGUAGCAAGGUUUUGGAGCAGCUCAACCACCAGCGCCAGCUGGGCCUGCUGUGUGACUGUACCUUCGUGGUGGACGGGGUGGACUUCAAGGCCCACAAGGCUGUGCUGGCUGCCUGCAGCGCCUACUUCCACACCCUCUUCCUGGACCAGAAGGAUGUGGUGCACCUGGAUAUCAGCAAUGCAGCAGGUACAUCCCACUGGGCACUAACUAGUUGAAUCAAUGUUGUUUCAACUUAAUUUGUCAUCAACAUAAACUUGUUUUGAGGGUGAAAUUUCAACCACAGGAUUAUGUCAUCAUGGUGACCAAAUUUCAACACAGACAAAUCUUGUAUAACAUUUUGAAUUUGUACCUUUAAAACAAUGUCAGAUUUUCAACAUUAUAUCCGCUAUAAGAAAUAAAUACAGUAGACUGGACAGCACCUCCUACUGGAGAAUUGAUCUGUCUACAGCUACCCUUUGGUCUCCCAUCCAAUGAUUUAACCAAGCCCAGCUUAGCUAUGAUACUUGUCAAUGACUAUUACCAAUGUGCUGGCGUGAGAAUGAUUGUUGAGAGAUCUCCACUUAAAAACAACACUGAUUCCAAAGGGUAGAAUAAACAGAGCAAAUGAAAUGUGACCAUACAUUAUCAAUCAUCAAUGAUGCUAUUUAGGCCUACAGUAUAUAGCAUUUGCAAAGUCAUCAACAGCAAUUGAGCCCAGAAUUCAGCUAAAAAUAGACAAUAAAAUAGGACUAGGGUUUCCAGCUCUGGUUGAUUUCAAAUGUAAUGAUAUUUAGUGAUAUUGAAUUGUGUUUGGUUGUGAAUGCAACCAAAUAUCAACAUUUGAAGGAAAUGUAUCUUCUGCUUGGACAGUUCCAUUUGUGCCCCUGACUUAGUCUUGCUUAGUUCCAGUUUAUCUACAAAUUAAUAAUUUAUGUUGGAUUUCACAUCUUCAUCUCAACCAAAAAUCUAAGUUAAAUAAUGUUUUCUUUUAUCUUUGUUUAACUAGACAAGUCAAUUAAGAACAAAUUCUUAUUUACAAUGACGGCCUACACCGUCAAACCCGGACGACGCUGUGCGCCGCCCUAUGGGACUCCCAAUCACGGCCGGUUGUGAUACAGCCUGGAAUCGAACCAGGGGGUCUGUAGUGACGCCUCAAGCACUGAGAUGUAGUGCCUUAGACCGCUGCGCCACUCGGGAGCCCAUCUACAGCGCACGACCGACAUUCUUGUCAGCAUGUCUUCCAUCUUAGGGUUAAUUUAUUAACUCGGGAGCCCAGUAGGCCUAAAUAGAAUAGGGCUAAAUCAAAUCAAACUUGAUUUAAAGUGUAUUUAAAGUUUGAUUUGAUUUAUAAAGUGUUCAAGAUAGCAUGCAUAGGUCAUCAGAGAUCUGUGGAGAUCUUCACAAUUGCUGUUAUAAUCUGUGCAGGAUCUUGAACUGCAUUGAUCAUGUGCACCGUGCACUUUUAAUGUAAUCUAACUGCAGUCCAGGCCAUUUGGUUCUGCUAUUAGAUGAAGCACAGUGAUAUCACAUUAAGCUGUUGUAUAAACAAACAAAUUAUCUGACAUUGUAUUCCCAUUUGAACUUUGCUGUGCUUUUAAAUGGUUGAAAGCACAGUCAUAGACAUUUGGGUGACAACUAAACCAAAAAUCAGACAUUGUUUUUCCAUUGGAAUUUGGUUGUGCUUUUAGAUGGUUGAAAGCAUAGUGAUAACACAUUGGAAAUUCAACUAACUUUUAGCUGUCUUUUUGAGUGGGUGAAUAUAGGUUGUAAUCGCAUUGAUCAAAGUGUCAACCAUAUAAUACCCAAUUAUCCACGUUGAAAAUACGUAGUGUGCCCAGUUAGGAUGUCUGCCAUAAGUGGAUGCCUGAGACUCAGUGACCCCACCCCCACGCAACACUUGAACAACAUCUUUCCAACUUAUUUGUUGCUGUUGCCACCUAAAAGCCUUGUUCGAAAAUGUUAACACUAUAACAAAUUAUGAUAUUCCCCUGCAUAAGACAAACAUAUAGGGAGGGAAAACACUGAACUCUAUUUGCUUUACCUUAAUAUCCAAGACCAUGUUGAACAUCAUGCUUGGGUUAUCUGCCUCACAGUCACAGCAGGGCUCAUGGAUCCAUCCCUGUGUGUAUUCUGUAGGUCUGGGCCAAGUCCUUGAGUUCAUGUACACGGCCAAGCUGAGUCUGAGUUCUCAGAAUGUGGAAGAUGUGGUGGCAGUGGCCACGUUCCUUCAGAUGCAGGAGAUAGUCAAUGCCUGCUCUGCCUACCAGUCUCUGGCAGUCUCCACAACAUCCCAGACAAUACAAGACUUCAAUGCCAGUGAGUACAGUACAGAUCAGUACACAAACAGUGGUUAUUAGUACACAGAAAUAUCCAUCAAUCAUUAGUAUGCUUGCUUUAACAAGCCCACUAAUGUUAUCCGUCAUACUUUUGCACAGCUGAAGCAAGCACACUGAUUUUCUUCAGGAAAUGUACAUUUUGUAGUCUAUAUUGUUCUCUCCCAUAAUCUCUUCCAAAUCAUAAAGACAAGAUUGAGGAAGGAGAGCAGAACAUGGAGAAGGAGCCAUCGGAGACAAGGUCACAUGACGAGGAGAUUCUAAAAACCUCAGCAGAGGACGGAGGGUAUAAGGGUGUUCAGGAGGACCCGAACGAGACCACCCCAGACGAUGGACAGAUGGACAGUAAGACCCCCGACAAACCCACCCCACAGACCCCGGGGAGAGGAAGAACCCCCAAAACCUCCACCCCACCAAGAAAAGCCGCAGCAGAGAGAGCGGAGAUGGAGGUGGAGAACCCUGCUAAAGAUGUGCCUGAGUUUCAGGAUGACCCCUCGGAUGCGGACUACACGCCCAGUCAGUGAAUUGGUCUUCGUACUUUUCAUUGGUGAUCUGUAUGUUUAAUAUUGCUGUGCGGAUAAAGAUGUAUUUUGUUCUUACAGAGUUUCCAUUCAAGUCUGCAGCCGGUAGGUCUUACAUGAGUACCAGGAGAAUAAGGACAAGGAGAGCUCCUCGUCGCAACCACUCACAGGGUAAACAAACAGCUUGACUGACCUUCCUUCCUAGGAGUAAUCACUAAUCUGCCAUGCUUUCUCCUAUCCAAUCAUGUUGGAUCAGUGACUACUUCGAGGAAGGGAAGAUGGACGGCUACAUUUUCUAAAUAUUUGACUGCAGUGGGUCACAGUGUCUGAUGGUUAUACAAUUCCUCUUCAUAGAUAAUGACUCCGAUGAGGGGAACAGCGCAUCAAAGACGGUAAAUGAAGAGAAAGAGGUUGAAGAGGGUGAGAUGGAGGAGGAUGAAGAAGAAGAGGAGGAUGAUGAGGGAGAGGGAGAAGAUGGCCAGGGGACGGAGAGCGGAGAGGAGAGGAAGCAGCUACAGUCAGGUGCCAUCACUGACCGCACAGAGUCACGGUCCUACGGCUCUGUGACGCACAAGUGUGAGGUGAGGACCGUGUUUGCGUGUGCUAGCUUGAGUGUGUGGUUACUUUGCACACUGCAAUUAGAAAUGGAAACGAUUUAAUGUUUUUGGAUGACCCAUUCCCUAUUAGAGGAGUGCUUGAACUUUGUAUGUAUCUUUUCCUAAACCAUCAAAUAGGCAAAAUUGUCUUCAAAAACAAAGGAGGACCAAGGCACUCUUUGUAUAAUUAAUUAAAAUGCCUAUAUGUAUGGCAUUUUUCAAUGGAACCAAGAUUUUUUUUAACUGACUUGUUUCGGUUGCAUGGCCUUUGUCAGGGAGUACGAUGAUACAAUGUCUUCUUUUGAACAAAGCAUUUUACAAUCAACCCUGAUUGAAGAGGGAAUGGUUACAGAAUAGUUAAUAGUCACUGGAAAACACCACUGAACAAAAAUAUAAACGCAACAUGUAAAGUGUUGGUUCCAUGUUUCAUGUGCUGAAAUAAAAGAUCCCAGAAAUCUUCCAUAAGCACAAAAUGCUUAUUUCUCUCUAAUUUUGUGCUCAAAUUUGUUUACAUCCCUGUUAGUGAGCAUUUCUCCUUUGCCAAGAUAAUCCAUCCACCUGACAGGUGUGGCAUAUCAAGAAGCUGAUUAAAUAGCAUGAUCAUUACACAGGUGCACCUUGUGCUGUGGACAAUAAACAGCCACUUUAAAUGUGCAGUUUUGUCACACAACACAAUGCCACAGAUGUCUCAAGUUUUGAGGGAGCAUGCAAUUGGCAUGCUGACUGCAGGAAUGUCCACCAGAGCUGUUGCCAGAGAAUUGAAUGUUCAUUUCUCUAACAUAAGCUGUUCAUUUCUCUAACAAUGUCGUUUUAGAGAAUUUGGCAGUAUGUCCAACCGGCCUCACAACCGCUGACCAGGUGUAACCACGCCAGCCCAGGACCGCUGACCACGUGUAUGGCGUUGUGUGGGCGAGUGGUUUGCUGAUGUCAACGUCGUGAACAAAGUACCCAAUGGUGGCGGUGCGGUUACGGUAUGGGCAGACGUAAGCUACGGACAAUGAACACAAUUGCAUUUUAUCAAUGGCAAUUUGAUUGCACAGAGAUACAAUGACGAGAUCCUGAGGCCCAUUGUCGCGCCAUUCAUCCGCCGCCAUCACCUCAUGUUUCAGCAUAAUAAUGCACUGCCCCAUGUCGCAAGGAUCUGUACACAAUUCCUGGAAGCCGAAAAUGUUCCACUUCUUCCAUGGCCUGCAUACUCUCCAGACAUCACCCAUUGAGCAUGUUUGGUAUGCUCUGGAUCAACGUGUAUGACAGCGUGUUACAGUUCCCGACAAUAUCCAGCAAGCAAUUAAAGAGGAGUGGGACAACAUUCCACAGGCCACAGUCAACAGUCUGAUCAACUCUAUGCGAAGGAGAUGUGUCGCGCCGCAUGAGGCAAAUGGUGGUCACACCAGAUACUGACUGGUUUUCUGAUCCACACCACUACCUUUUUUUAUAAAGUAUCUGUGAUCAACAGAUGCAUACCUGUAUUCACAGUCGUGUGAAAUCCAUAGAUUAGGGCCUAAUUUAUUUAUUUCAAUUGACUGAUUUCCUUAUAUGAACUGUAACUCGGUAAAAUCUUUGAAAUUGUUGCAUGUUGCGUUUAUAUUUUUGGUCUACUAGAGGAUAUUGCAUUCACAUUCAUGUAUUCGGGGUUGAGCAUAUCUAACUCACUAUGUUGCCAUGUAUUUUCUAGGACUGUGGAAAGAAGUUCACCCACACGGGUAACUUCAAAAGACACAUCCGCAUUCACACAGGAGAGAAACCUUUCAGCUGCCGUGACUGCCACAAGGCCUUCUCAGAUCCGGCUGCCUGCAAGGCUCACGAGAAAACACACAGGUUAGUAUCAACCUCAUCAUCUGUCUUUCUGUGUCUCAUGGGCCCAAUGCCAAACUAAUCCCUUAGUGUUCAAUAACACUAGACGAUACACAUUUGUGGAACACGUCCUCUUGUAAAAUAGUUAUUAAUUGAUAAUAACAAUGAUCAAAUUUAUAGUAAAUUAAAAUUAAAACAGUCAUAGGAAUCACAGUUUCAUAGCAUCAACAUCCUCUCGAACCUCAGCAAGUAGCUAUAUCUUACUUAAAUAUCUUAUGUCUCUCUCUGUAGCCCCCUGAAACCCUACUGCUGCUCCUCGUGUGGGAAGUGCUACCGGCAGAUCAGCCUGCUCAACCUGCACCGGAAAAGGCACACAGGUGAGGCCCGAUACAGCUGCAAGGACUGCGGCAAGCUCUUCACCACGUCUGGCAACCUGAAGCGCCACAUUCUGGUGCACAGCGGCGAGAAGCCAUAUCACUGCGGCUACUGCGACCGGGCCUUCUCCGACCCCACCGCUAAGAUGCGCCACCUGGAGACCCACAACGCCGACAAGGGCCACAGGUGUCCACACUGCGAUAAGCGGUUCAACCAGGUUAGGACCUCUUCUACACUGACCAAAGUAUUGGGGAUAGUAGGGAGAAUUUCACCUGCAUGUAAAUAGUUUGGAGAUAGUGUGGCUAUCUUUUUUUGUGUUUGAUCAGUGGUGGAAAAAGUACUCAAUUGUCAUACUUGAGUAAAAAUAUAAAUACCUUUUUACUCAAGUAAAAGUGAAAGUCACCCAGUAAAAUUAUACUUCAGUAAGUCUAAAAGUAUCCGUUUUUAAAUGUACUUAAAUACAGUGGUGGAAAAAGUACUCAAUUGACAUACAGUUCAAAAGUUUGGGGUCACUCAGAAAUGUCCUUGUUUUCGAAAGAAAAGCAAUUUUUUUCCCCAUUAAAAUAACAUCAAAUUGAUCAGAAAUACAGUGUAGACAUUGUUAAUGUUGUAAAUGGCUAUUGUACCUGGAAACGGCUGAUUCUUAAUGGAAUAUCUACAUAGGCAUACAGAGGCCCAUUAUCAGCAACCAUCAGUCCUGUGUUCCAAUGGCACGUUGAGUUUGCUAAUCCAAGUUUAUCAUUUUAAAAGGCUAAUUGAUCAUUAGAAAACCAUUUUGCAAUUAUGUUAGCACAGCUGAAAACUGUUGUGCUGAUUUAAAGAAGCAAUAAAACUGGCCUUCUUGAGUAUCUGGAACAUCAGCAAUUGUGGGAUCGAUUACAAAACUUAGUUACUUUACACCACUGUGUUUGAUUUCAUGAAAUUGAAAGAAGUAGCCCUAAUCUGUACAAUCCAGUAUGUAGUUGCUCUCUAUCCUUGCAUUGAAAUGGUGAACUGUAUCUAACCUGGCUAUUCCUCUGUCUGGACAGACUGGAAAUCUAAAGGCUCACCUGAAGAUCCACAUCACAGACGGCCCUCUGAAGUGCAAAGAGUGUGGCAAACAGUUCACCACCUCCGGUAACACCAGACAAGGACUUCCGGGCCUAUAUUCAUAAAGCAUCUCAGAGAGUAGGAGUACUGAUCUAAGAUCAGGUCCUCGCUGUCCAUGUAAUCUUAUUCAUUAUGAUCUAAAAGGCAACACUGAUCCUAAUAAGAUUAAAUGGACAGGGAGGGGACUUGAACAUAGAUCAGUACUCUUACACGCUUUAUGAACACAGGCCCUGGUCUCUCUGUGUGUUGAUACAGUGCCUUCGGAAAGUAUUCAGACCCCUUGACUUUUUCCACAUUUUGUUACGUUACAGCCUUAUUCUAAAAUUGAUUAAAUAAAUAAAAAUCCUCAGCAAUCUACACACAAUACCCCAUAAUGACAAAGCGAAAACAGGUUUUAGAAUAUUUUGCAAAUUUCAGAAAUACCUUAUUUACAUAAGUAUUCAGACCCUUUGCUAUGAGACUCGAAAUUGAGCUCAGGUGCAUCCUGUUUCCACUGAUCAUCCUUGAGAUGUUUCUACAACUUGAUUGGAGUCCACCUGUGUUAAAUUCAAUUGAUUGGACAUGAUUUGGAAAGGCACACACCUGUCUAUAUAAGAUCCUACAGUUGACAGUGCAAUUUAGAAUAAGGCUGUAACGUAACAAAAUGUGGAAAAAGUCAAGGGGUCUGAAUACUUUCCGAAGGCACUGUAUAUAACUAGUGUCUGGUCUUCGCAUUGGUAUAUAACUGUAGUCUUUGAUUCCCAGGGAACUUGAAGAGACACCUGCGCGUGCACAGUGGGGAGAAGCCCUAUAUCUGUAUGCACUGCCAGAGAGCUUUCGCUGACCCAGGGGCACUGCAGAGACACGAGCGCAUACACACGGGUAACAGUCCUGGAAAUGGAUUUAAAUGAAUAUGUUCACAUUGACCUCUUUCUUUGUACUGUGAAGCCUAAAUAUGUGCAAAAAGAACAAUGCCUGUGCAUUGCAUCAUAGGUUGGAGACUGUAAUGUAAUUGUUGUGUCUGUCCGCAUGCUUGUGUGUGUGUCCUGUAGGGGAGAAGCCAUGUCUGUGUCUGAUCUGUGGGAAGGGGUUCACCCAGGCCAGUUCACUCAUCGCUCAUGUCCGCCAGCACACCGGAGAGAAGCCGUAUGUCUGCGACCGCUGUGGCAAAAGGUAAACACACACACACGCACACUAUAAUCCUAUUGAUAUAACAGAGACCUUUUUGUCUUGAUGUCCUCUCUUCAACUCCAGGUUUGUCCAGUCCAGUCAGCUGGCCAAUCACAUCCGUCACCAUGAUAACAUCCGGCCACACAAGUGUCACAUCUGCAAAAAGGCGUUUGUCAAUGUCGGGGAUCUCUCCAAGCAUAUUGUCAUUCACACAGGUAGGAAGACAUGGAAUGUACAACUAACUGUGAGUGAGAAAGUAAGGUUCCCUGGGAGUAGUGGAUAUUAAUGGUUGGUCAAAAAAAAGAGUCUAUAAUAUAAGUCACCAUGUUGUGGAAUAUAGGUAUCUUGUAUAUAUUUAUCCAGUUAAGAAAACAAAGCUGUUGGGUAUCUGGGUACAUUAUUUCCCCUUUAGCUUUAGUGUGCCUCCAACCUCCUUCCCUUGAGGUAUAACAUCAACUGCAUUAGUCUACAUUCACCCUUCAAGUAAUUCUCCCCCACGGGUGGUGUCAGAGGUAUCGUGUGUGACUAAUGUAUUAAUUGGUCAAAUAAUUGGGGGGGGGGGUCCCAUUUCACACAUGUAAAAGUGUGUAACCUGGCCACUAAUUCGAUACAGUUGACAAUUACCCACGCACUAACCGCGGCAGGUAGCCUAGCAGUUAGAGCGUUGGGCCAGUAACCGAAAGGUUGUUAGUUCGAAUCCCUGAGCCGACUAGGUGAAAAAUCUGUUGAUCUGCCCUUGAGCAAGGCACUUAACCCUAAUUGCUCCAGGGUCACCGAUCAUUAAAUCACAUUUAUUGUCCCCCAUGAUGAAAUCAUGGGGAGGGGGACGGACGGACUAUGGAUCCGUAAGUCACACGCGAUAUCAGACACCACUGGCCCGAUUUUUGACUAAACUUACAAAAUUACACUGAUUGGCCUAAGGGGGGUGCUGCAUCAUUCGUGGGGGACGGCAUGUUUACUGUUGCCUUGUUCUCUUUUUUUUAACCAUCCCCUAGGAGAGAAGCCCUUCCUGUGUGACAAGUGCGGUCGCGGGUUCAACCGUGUCGACAAUCUGCGCUCCCAUGUAAAGACCGUACACCAGGGUAAGGCUGGGAUGAAGCGCCUGGUGGUUGCCGGGGGUGACAGCGACGACGGGGGUGACGGGUUCCACGGCGGGUCGGCCUCAGAGAUGGACGAAAAUGAGAUCAACAUAGUCACUGUCACCACCGAGGACAUCGUCACCCUGGCGACGGAGGCCCUUGCUGGCAGCACCGUGUCCCAGCUGACAGGUCAGAUGGAGCACAUGCUGGGUAAUGUAGUUCAGACAGGGGUGGGAGAAGGGUAGUAUGCAAUGGAUGUGACUGUAAAAGGAAGAGGAUGAAAAGAAGGUGGCUGUGUAAGAGUAAGAAGGAAAUGGACUCAGAACAAAGGGAAUAAUAAAGAACAUUCUCCUGCCGUGUGUUUAUAUGGGAUUCUGUCUGUUUCCAGUGGUGCCUGUGGCUGCAUCACUAUCAGCAGACGAGACAGAGGCUCUGAAAGCUGAGAUCACGAAGGCUGUGGAGAAGGUGCAGGAAGCAGGUGAGACUGGCCACACACAGCGUUGAAUAGCUUUUACUAUUCAUAACUUCCCUCACACAUCCUCACUGUCAAUCUCUCCCUCCCAGACCCCAACACUCAGAUCCUGUAUGGAUGCGACUCAUGCGGUGACAAGUUCCUGGACGCCAGCUCACUGGCCCAACAUGUGCGAAUCCACACGGCCCAGGCCCUGGUCAUGUUCCAGGCCGACUCUGACUUCUACCAGCAGUACACCACUGCUGCAGCUGCCACCGCCGGGGGAGAAGUUGUUACCACAACCUGGCAACCCACUUCCGAGCAGGUCAUCCAGGGAGGGGAGCUCGUCUUCCACACCCGCGAGGCCGAGGCGGAGGGGGAUGAGGUGACUCAUGAGGAGGGAGGAGAGGGAGAGGUGGUGGCCCAAGCUGACCCCCAGCCAGAGGGGAAAGAUGAGGCUGUGACAGAGGGA